UCAGCAUUUCAUAAUCAGCAGUUUUACUAUAGAUUUUCUUUUAUUAGUCACAGUGUACUUUCUAUUUUUGAGAAUAAUUAACUAUAUUAUAUUACUUACUGGCAGAAAAUAAUUUUUGGUAACAAGUAGAAAUUAAGAAUUUAGAGCUUUAUGCUUUUUUUCUAAUUUAAAUGUGUACCAUCAAUUAAGUAUUAAACCUUAUUGCAAUUCUAAAUUGUAGCAAGUACUUCAAACAUUAAAAUGGUUGGAUCGUUAAUGCUUUUAAAAUUAUUACAACAUACUCGUAAAUGUAGGUACGAUGACGAAAAAAUAGCUAAUAAAAGUAAAGAUAAGGUUGUAAAUCAAUUGACGAAUUUAGGAACAUCUAAUAAUCUUAUUGCACCAAAACAUGAAUUCAUGAAAACAAAAAGCUGUAAAGAUGAACAGAAAAUUUGUAGAGUAUGUCUAAAAGAAGGUGUUAUUUUGAUCUUUGGCGGUAAAGAAUGUAGCACAACAAGCAAUUUAACAGAAGCAUUGAAGUUAUUUGGCGGUUUAGAUGUCCAUGUAGAUGAUGUUUAUCCAAAAUAUUUAUGUGAUAAAUGCCACACUUUUUUGUUAAGUGCGAUAUUAUUUCGAGAAACAGCACAGAAGUCUGAUCAAUUCUUAAAACAAUCAACACAGAAGUCAGUGACGACAAAUAAUGAAGAAAUGCUUGUGAAGAAAGAGCAUAGAGAAAGUCACACAUAUGAGUUUGAAGAGGACAUAGAAUUUAAGGAAGAAUAUAAACAAUCUAAAGAGAACCCUAAUGGAAAAGAAUAUAGUACACAUGGAUGCAAAGAAGAGAAAACAACAGCAGUCACUAAAGAAUUUAAAAGUUAUCAUUGUUUGAAAUGUAAUUUAUCAUUUGAAAAUAUAACUGAAUAUAAGGAGCAUAAAAAUAUGAAGAUUACAUGCUCUAUAUGUAACAAGUCAUAUGAACAUUCAUAUAUGAAAAUCCACAGGGCAUUACAUGAUACACAGAUACGACUUCAGAACAGUUAUAUGUGUGACAUAUGUGGCAAACUUUGUCAUAGGAAGGGAUGGUUUACAAGGCAUAGGGAAACUCACUUCUAUAGCUUGCCAUAUAAAUGUUCUUUAUGUCCUUACAAAGGACGAUUCCCUGAUACCCUCAAAGCACAUAUGAGAACUCACACAGGGGAGAAGCCAUUUCAAUGUACAGAAUGUUCAUAUAGAUCAUCAUGCAAAAGUAACUUAAACAAACACAUGGCAAUCCAUAGAGACAAACAGUUUAAAUGUAAUUUGUGUGAACAUGUAUUUUCCACCAAGCGUAAUUUAGAAGUGCAUUUAAAACAUUCCCAUAUGGGUAUCAAGGAACAUGUGUGUGAUAUUUGUAAUAAGGCAUUUUCAUCCAGGAAUAAAAUGAAUUUUCAUCAAAUAAGAAUACAUAAGAGAGAAAAACGCAGAAGUGGUUUGACACCUCUUUAUUUACAAGCUCAAACUAAAGAAUAGAUUGGAGUACCUAAAGUAGAUUAAAAGUAGCCUAUUGAUUAAGAGUGCUUCUUUUUUUGUUUGAUUUUGUUAUUUUUAAAGAUUUUUUUAUUAAAAGAAUCAGUACACAUGGAGAUUUUUAUUUAUUUAUCAAAUAUGUGUAAACAUUAUAAUAAAGAGUAAUAAAAAUUUUUUGACCUCUACUGAACUUAAUUUUUUUAUAUAUACAUAAUUUAUAAGAAAAGUAAAAAAAAAAUUGUGGAACUACAAUGGAGCUACUGAGAUAAAUGCUUAUGAACAUUACAACCUUUUUUGGGGAAAUCAACAGGAUACUAAAUUAAAAAACAAAUAGAAAAAGUUUAUAAAUAAUUUUAUUUAAACACACAAAUUCAUUACUCAUACACAAACUCAGUUUUACAAGAACAUGGGUACAUAUGGGUGAUUUGACCAUAAUGCAAUAACAAUUAUAAAUGGAUUUCUCUUAAAGAAAGUUAUUAAAUAUUUCAGUAGUAAUAAUUCGGCGGUUAGAGACUAACACUUCCUGGCAGACAAAAUAUUUUUAGGCAUUUCACUAACAUGCCUAUUUUUCUUUCUAUGUUGCAUAGAGAAAUAUUUUUUAUAUAUUGAGAAUCGGUGACGUAGUUUUUGAGUUUAUUCAUUACAAAUGAAUAAUUCUAGUUAAAAUAUUAAUUCUGACAGACUAUUUUGGUAAUACAUGUGACCAAAAAAUUUAGAACCCGCGCGAAUAUAACAAUAAAAUUUGAUUCUUUUUUUAAUCACCUCAAUAUAUCCAUGUCUAUACAUUUUUAUAAAUAUAUAUUAUGCAUUACAUUUUAUAGUCCCGAGUCGUUUCCUUAAU